AUGCCUGGCCCACCACGGGAUAAAAAAAGGAAAGCUAGAACUAAGAAGAAGGCAGCUGGUCGUCUAGUUCCACUAUGGCAGUCGGUGGUGCCACCAUUACCAGAUGGUACACUCCUCUCUGGGAUCUUUACUAUGGAAAAGUGGAGGCUAGGAAAGUCAAUAGGGAAAGGAGCUUAUGGAGAAGUUUACGAAGCAUUUUCAACAGCUGAAGAAUUCUCAGGCAGUUAUGCCAUUAAAGUGGAACCAAUAAGCAAUGGACCAUUAUUCUGUGAAAUACAGUGUUACUUAGAUGUAGCCUUUUCAAACAAGAUAAAUGAUUGGGUGAAGUCUCAUGAUUUAAAGUAUCUUGCAAUGCCUCAGUUCAUUGAUUGGGGAAAGAAUGAGACUUCUCCGUCUUUGCAGUAUUGCUUUCUUGUAAUGGAGAGAUUUGGAGACAAUAUUGAAAAGCUUUUUGAAGAAGCCGGGAGGAAGUUUGGAGUAAAGACUGUUUGCUAUCUGGCAUUAAGAAUAUUAGAGGCACUUGAAUUUUUGCAUAAUUCAGGGUAUGCUCAUGCUGACAUUAAAGGUAGUAACAUACUUACUGGAUAUUCUCAAAGAGAUCAGGUAUACUUGGUAGAUUAUGGAUUAUCAUUUGUGUACCAGUAUUCUCAAGGUGGUCACAAGCCAUACACACCUGAUCCAGGAUAUUGUUAUGGCACUCUUCCUUUUACAAGCAUUGAUGCACAUGAUGGAGCUAAUCCAUCACGCAGAGGAGAUCUAGAAAUACUUGGCUACUGCUUGUUAGAAUGGUCUUGUGGUAGACUACCAUGGGAGGAUUAUAUAGAGGAUCGUUCAAAGGUAGCAAGUUUGAAGAGAAGGUAUAAAGAUGCUCCUACUGACCUGAUGAAGGAUUGCUUCAAAGGAAAUGUGUAUCCCAAAUAUCUUCAAAAAUACAUGGAAUGUAUUUACAAAUUGUCAUAUGAAGAGACUCCUAAAUACAAUCAUUUAAGACAGUUAUUUUUUAAAGAACUAAAAGAUAACGGGAUGAGUGAUGAUGGAACUGGCCUUGACUGGAUAAGUGGAGGAGGAGGUGAAGGA